AGAAAAAAAGGUUACAUUGUAGCCGUCUUUCUGUCGCGCUCGCGCGCUGGCGCGCAGGCGCAGAAGAAGAAGAAGAAGAAGGGGGGGCAGGCCAGGAGAAGCGCGGCCUCCUGCACGUGUGAACGCGCGGUGGGACCCGUGUCGGGUCGGGAUCGGCCCACGGAGGCGGCGGCGGCUUCUCCUCCUUGUUCUCCUUCCCGGGCCAGGAGGGGAGAAGUGGGGGGGGGGGGAAGAAAGCCUAACCUCGCGGUCCCUCCAUGGCCGGCGGAGGCUGGACGCUGCCCGGCGGGGAUUUCCUCUCCCCGCAGCCGCCGGCUUCCCAGCAGGAGCAACAGCCGCCGCCGCCGCCGCCUCCGGAUGCCGCCACCGAGGCGAGGAAGCCGGCCUUGGAGCCUUGGCGGGAGGCUCAGGAGAGCGACCGGCAUUGGGGUCUCCGACGGCAGUUCCUGCUCCGCAACCUGCCGGGCUACCCGGGCUCCGACGCCUUCCAGCAGCUGCUGGCCCUCUCGCACGUCUGGAGCAACCACGUCUUCAUGGGCUGCAGGUAUGGCUCCCAAAUUAUGGAGAAAAUCCUGCAGAUGGCGGAAGGCAUCGAUAUUGGUGAGAUGCCAUCCUUUGAGUUGGUGCCGGGCACGAAGUCAGCCAAAAGACCACGAUCCCCGCGCAAUGACUCUCCACAAAACUGCAAGAAUCCAAGAAAGCAAGCUCCCAAAUUCCGCGUCCGGCCGCGCUUUGAGCCAAUCCACUUUGUCGCCAGCAACACUCAACCGCAGGCAAAAGAGGAGUCUUCGGAAAACCAAGUCCAAGACACUUCGGAGAACAUCACGGCCCAGCAGAUCCAAACCUAUGCUGAUCGGGUGUUUAGCAGCUUCAGCACCCAAGAUGGGGACCUCCAGUUCUCAAGUUCAGUAGGCCUUGGCUAUGGAAGUAGCCAGGUCAAACCACCUGACUCUAAAGUGGCUCUCAUGAGUACAGAGACUUCUACUGCUGGGGCUACGAUAACUUCGUCGGACUCUCCACUUCUUCAACCCUCUUCCGAAACGUUCCCCAAAUCGGUGGUAACAGCCAAACAGUGUUUCAUUAACAAGCUUGUAACAGCAGUCCGCAACAAUCUCGCCAACCCCAAUUGUAGCGGUGGGCCGGACAAAAUUAACUACACGUAUCUUUUGACGCGGUCGAUUCAGGCUUGUAAGACCAACCCGGAGUAUAUUUAUUCUCCCUUGAAGGACAUUUCUCCCGCUGACCUUCCCAAGAAGAAGAAGAUCCUCAAAGAAGGUUUUGCCUGCGAGGUGAGGUGCCAGAACGUCUAUCUGACCACAGGCUACGCGGGUAGCAAAAACGGUUCCAGAGACCGGGCCACAGAGCUAGCGGUGAUACUGUUGCAGAAACCCGUUGAAGUCAAAGUGGUUCAGCGGAAAUUCAAGAAUGCCACGCGGGAAGAUUUGGUGGUGUGCGAAAGUGGGACGUCUCCUCUUGAAUUCCCGCCAGCACUCAAACCGCCGGAUGAUACGAACCCCCCUGCAAAGGACAGUGUAUCGGGACAGCCAGAUUCGGAUCCACAACAAGGGCCCAGCUCAGCCAAACACUGGACUAACUUUGUCCUCACCGAAAACGCCAGCGACGCCAUUGGCAUUUUGAACAAUUCUGCCUCCUUUAACAAAAUGACGGUGGAGUACAAAUACGUGUUGCUGCCCAACCGUCUCUGGCGUUGCAGCGUCUAUUUGCAAGGCCACUUCUUAGCUGAAGGCUGUGGCACCAAGAAAACCAGCAAGCACGCCGCGGCGGAUGAAGCCGUGAAAAUCUUGCAGAAGACGCAGUCCAACGUCAGCGCCACCAAAGCAGUCCAGGUUCAGAAAGUCGGCGGGGCUGCCCGCAACCCGGCAAAGAAGAAGAACUUGAAGGACCUGGUGGUGUACGAAAACUCCAUGAAUCCGGUCUGCACUCUGAACGACACUGCUCAGUUCAACAAGAUGACGGUGGAAUACGUCUUCGAAAGGGUGACCGGCAUGCGAUGGAAGUGCAAAGUGAUGCUGGAGAACGAAUUGAUCGCCGAAGCCAUCGGCGUCAAGAAGACCGUCAAGCACGUGGCCGCCGAGGAGGCCGUGAAAGUCCUCAAGAAGACCCAGCCGACCGUGGUCAACAAUUUGAAAAAAGGCACCAUCGAAGAUGUCAUUUCCCGGAACGAGAUUUGCGGCCGCUCGGCCGAAGAGGCCUUGAAGCAACAGAUUAAGGAAGACAACAUCGGGAAUCAGAUUUUAAGGAAGAUGGGCUGGACGGGGGGUGGCUUGGGCAAAAGCGGGGAAGGGAUCCGGGAGCCCAUCGCGGUGAAGGAGCAGUUCAAACGGGAAGGGCUGGGACUGGAUGUCGAAAGAGGUUCCCAGAUCACUAAAAAAGAUAUCGAGCAGAUCAUCCAAAAUUACGCUUUCUCGGACAGGAAGAUCGAUCUGACUUUUUCCACGGAACUCACCAACGACGAGCGGAAACAGAUCCAUCAGAUUGCCCAAAGAUACGGGCUGAAAAGCAAGUCCCACGGCCAGGGCAGGGAUAGGUACCUAGUGGUCAGCCGAAAAAGGCGUAAAGAAGAUUUGCUCGACCAGCUGAAGCAGGACGGUCAAGUGGGCCAUUACGAACUCAUCAUGCCACAGGAGAAAUAGGGAGAGAACCUAAAAAAAAAAAAAAUUCCCAUGGGGAGGGGGGUCUGGACAGGAACCUGGUUUCCAUUAAACGGGGGGGAGAAAAAAAACAACAGACAAUGUAUAUUAUUGUUGGAAAAAAAAAACCCAGGUCAAAUGUU